AAGAUUCCCUAUCGAAGUACUACAUAUACACACAUAGCAGUGCAUGUCUCUGUGUGAAAGCACGUUUUGUUAAGAGCCAUGGUAAAGGAAUUCAACACCCAAACAGAGCUUAGUGUGAGAUUGGAAGCCCUUUGGGCAGUGCUAUCUAAGGAUUUCAUAACAGUGGUUCCAAAGGUACUUCCUCAUAUUGUGAAAGAUGUGCAACUGAUUGAAGGUGAUGGAGGGGUUGGAACAAUCCUCAUCUUUAAUUUUCUGCCUGAGGUGUCACCAAGCUACCAAAGGGAGGAGAUCACAGAGUUUGAUGAGAGUUCACAUGAGAUAGGUUUGCAAGUGAUUGAAGGAGGUUAUCUAAGUCAAGGGUUGUCAUAUUACAAGACAACUUUUAAACUAUCUGAAAUUGAAGAGGAUAAGACUUUGGUCAACGUGAAAAUCUCUUACGACCAUGAUUCCGACAUAGAAGAAAAGGUCACACCUACGAAGACAUCACAGUCCACUUUAAUGUAUCUUAGGCGUCUAGAAAGAUACUUGUCGAAUGGCUCUGCUUGAAGAAAAAAAUAUUUCGUAUUGAAGUGGAUAACGAUUCUUUUACGGCAUUUUUUUAUAAUAUUUUAACAUUAUUUACGUGUUA